AUGAUCAAUAAUAUCUAGAAAAAAACACAAAAUUUCGAGGUCUUAGGUACUGAAAUACUUACUUCUCUUUAACCAAAACUAUUUGUACCUUAACCAAUAAUAUGUGAAAUGAGAAAGUUUAUUCCUAUUAAAAAACAACAGAAGAUAAAUUCAUUAACCUAAAAUCAAAACUAAUAAUCAUAAAAAACAGAAUAAAAAGUAUAAAUUAUUAAAGAAAAGAAAAUAAUAUGUUAAAAACCAAAAUAAUCAAAAAAAAAAUUAAUCAAAAAACAUGAACCUAAUGUAGAAAUAAAAUAAGAGGAAUAAACAUAAAUAAAUUAAGAAAUUAAAAUUCCAGAAGUUAAUCAACCUCUCACUUAUGUAAUUAUUAGAACAGUUAAAAUAAAAGAAAUAAAAGGAGAAGUAAUAAUUAAUUACAAAGAUCAAGCUAAAUGCAUUUAAAUUAGAAAUAGAAUCUUAAGUUAUCUAGAUGUUAAAUAAUAAUUUCCAAAUAUUGAUAAUUUAGAAGAGAAGAUCUUAGUUGAAAUUGAUAAUGCUCAAAUAAUGAAGAAAAGUCUUAUUGGUUGGUUAGAUUGUAGAGAUUGUGAAGAAUAUCAAUUAAAAUGA